CACACAGCUCGACAGGCUAGAAGAGGAAGCAGACAUUGCUUCUCUCCCCACAGAGAUGGUUGCUGGUGGCCUUCGUCGCCUGUGCUGCUUCUUAGCAUGCGUUGCUGUGCUGCUGCUGCUUGGGACCUGCCUCCAUGAUGUGGAGGCUUCCAAUGGGAAACGUGUCAUUCAUAAGAAAGUUGGAGAUACUGUGGAGCUUUCAUCAUAUUUAUCGACUAAAGGUGUCACCACAGCGUAUUGGAAAUAUGGAGGUUUAGUAGUUGCAGACAAAGAUGGGAGUGUUUCAAAAAAACAUCAUCUUAAGGACAGAGUAGACUUCAACCUCACAAGCUUUAGCUUAACAGUGAGAAAACUGACUCUUCAAGAUUCAGGUGAUUUCAGUUUUUUCUCAGAGGUGAACGAGCAGCAAAGGGGCACAGUCGACAUCACUCUGCAAGUUCAUGAAGCCAUAACUCAGCAGCCUGAUGUGAAAAUAAUCAAUGCCACCCACAAUGCCUUGGAUAAAUCCUGCACAGUUUUGCUGGAGUGCAGUGCCUCUUCUGACAGCACUGUCACCUACAACUGGACUGUGAGGAACCAAACCCGGACUGGACCCAAACUGCAUCAUGUUGUGAGAGAGGAGGAUGGAGACACCACAUUCACCUGCACAGUUUCCAACUUUGUCAGUGAGAAAUCUGCAUUCAAAAACUUUGAAUGUAACAAUGAUACUUCCUUACCACAAAAUCCACAAGAUAAAGAGAUUAACUUUAUCCUCAUCCUGAGUGUGGCUGGAGGCUGCUGUUUGAUGAUUGUCAUUGGUGUUGGUGUAGCCGUGUACGUUUGCCACUGCAAAGAGAGACAAACUGGCAGUGACAUAAAUGACCUCACUGUGUAUGCCGAUAUCGCUGAUGUUGCGAUUGACAAUAGGACCAUGAAGCCUUGUUCAGUGUAUGAAACCAUUGACAACAGAACCAACACAGCUCCGCCUGGGCCCCAAACUGUGUACGACAAGAUCCAGCUCAGCCGUGUGAGGAAGGCGUCUGUGUCGCCCUACCAAGACGUCAUCUAGAUGUUGUGGAGCUUUUUUCAAGUGUUGCUCAGGGCAAGGCAACGAUGUGCAGCACAAGAAAAUUCAAGGAUAAUAUGAUGGAGAAAAUGUGAAAGAGCUUCUAAAGGCAGAAAGUUGUGUUACAUUUUUGCAUAGAUUUCUGUUGCAUCAUAGCUUUUUGAGGCUGUAAGCUAUACAAUACCAUUUUAUAUACGUUGUUGUACAUUCUGUAAAUACAGAGGUUAUAUUUUUAAAUGUUAUGUUUGUACUCUUGCAUUUACUGUCAACUAUGCAUUAUUACCCAGCUGGGUCGACAGCUAAUAAAAGCCGGAUUUUAAAAUGCCA